GUCCCCUCUGCCCUUCCCUCCGGGUUGCGGCAGCGGGCCAAGUUGUAACAGGUGACACGCAUGGAACUAGAGGGGUUCCGGUUCCCAGAGGCUUUAGUGGAGAGUUGCCUCAGAAGGCGCUGCCAAGGGAUCUGCUGUUGAUACCAGACUUGGAAUCUGCAACUGCCUGAACAGAGAGAGGAGGAGACCUGCCGUUUUGGUUCUCUGCCUCAUUAAGUGGCUCAGCUGGGAACUGGCGGUACUUGUAAAUAUGACCGCAGAUUGAUGGCCUGAGUUUUGCAGACGGUUGAGCCCUCAGGGUUUGCUUGCUUCUGACAUCAUUCCUUUGUGAAACAAGGAGUUGUGCUCAGGAAGUUGAAACCAGGGGGAGCCAGUGGAAGGGCUACAAGUUUUUGCUUUUAGAAACCCAGGCAACUCCAGUUCUCCAUCCCAGCCCCUAGUUACCUCCUUCCAUCUUCUCCCAAUGCCUGCGAGGACGCACAUGACUGUCAAGUUUUUGGUGUAACUCAGGAGCCUCCCAGCUUUCUAGCCAUGGCCUCAGUGGAUAGAUUGCAGUACCGUGCUCUUUAUGAGUAUAAGAAGGAUCGGGAGGAAGACCUGUCUCUCUGCCCCGGGGACCUGCUCACCGUCAACAAGGCAGGGCAUGCCUGUGUGGACUAUAAGGAAGGGGAUGAGAGAAACCCCCAAGGCUGGCUUAAUGGCUUCAAUGAACGUACCAAGGAAUGGGGAGAUUUCCCAGGCACUUACGUAGAGUACUUGGGUCCUGUGAGGAUUGUGGCUGCCACGCCUAAAUCAAGGCCCAGACCACUGCCACCAAUGCCAACUGGGGCUUCUUCCAGACCUCCUGGGGAGAUGGAGUUUGUUGACGGGUUAAAUCUCCCUGAACAAGCACUGCUGGUUGUAAAAAGACUUGUUGAAGCUUUGGAAAAAGAAGGCUUAGAUAAUGAAGCCCUUUACCGAUCACCUCCCAGUUCCUUUUGCGACACUCAACUCAAGCAGCAUCUUCUGACAGACUUGGGAACUGUUGAUCUGGACCAGUUUGAUGGGCAGACAUUAGGUGAAAUGCUCAGGCACUACCUUCAGGAGCUCCCUUGCCCCAUGAUUCACCCAGCAACUUACAGUGAAUUACUUUACAUAGUUCAAGAAAUUCAGAGCCCAGAGGAAUGUGGUCAACAGAUAAAAUUGAUCCUAGAAUCUCCACGUCUCCCUCAAUGGCACAGACUCCUCCUGCAACACCUGACCAGGCAUUUCUGUAAACUGUGCCAGAAUGGCAGCAAGAAUCACUUCACACCUAGGAUGCUUGGAGAGGCCUUUAGUGAUGUGCUUUUUAAACCAUCCCCAUCAAGCAUGGAACUGAAUCCAGAGCACCAUGUGAAGAUUAUUGAGGCUCUUAUCAUCGCUGGUGGAGUCUCAGAGAUCCAGGCAGCACCAGCUCUUCCUCCAAAGCCCUCCAAACCAAUAACUCCAGUAAAUACAAUUGGGAUAAAAGAGAAUUGCAGUUCAUCACUGCAGGAUGCAGAAUGGUACUGGGGAGACAUUUCAAGGGAAGAGGUGAAUGACAAAUUACGAGACAUGCCGGAUGGAACAUUCUUGGUGCGGGAUGCAUCAACAAAGAAACAAGGAGACUAUACACUGACAUUGCGGAAGGGUGGCAACAAUAAAUUGAUAAAAAUUUAUCACCGGGAUGGGAAAUACGGUUUUUCUGAUCCACUGACAUUCAAUUCUGUUGUGGAACUGAUUAACCACUAUCACCAUGAGUCUCUUGCCCAGUAUAACCCUAAACUAGAUGUGAAGCUUAUGUAUCCUGUAUCCAGGUACCAGCAGGAUCAGUUGGUAAAAGAAGAUAAUAUUGAUGCCGUGGGCAAAAAGCUUCAGGAGUACCACACCCAGUAUCAAGAGAAAAGUAAGGAAUAUGACAGACUAUAUGAAGAAUACACCAGAACAUCACAGGAAAUUCAAAUGAAGAGAACAGCAAUAGAAGCUUUUAAUGAAACAAUUAAAAUAUUUGAAGAGCAGUGUCACACCCAAGAGCGAUAUAGCAAAGAAUACAUUGAACGAUUCAAAAGAGAAGGAAAUGAGAAGGAAAUUGAACGCAUUGCGAUGAAUUAUGAAAAAUUAAAAUCACGUCUGGGUGAAAUCCAUGAUAGUAAGCUGCAACUGGAACAGGAUUUGAAGAAGCAAGCUCUAGACAACCGGGAAACUGACAAGAAAAUGAACAGCAUCAAACCUGAUCUUAUGCAGCUGCGCAAAAUCAGAGAUCAGUACCUUGUCUGGCUUAAUCAUAAAGGAGUGAGGCAGAAACGAAUAAACGACUGGCUUGGAAUAAAAAAUGAAAACAUUGAUACAUACUUUACAAAUGAGGAGGAUGAAAAUCUGCCACAUUAUGAUGAAACAUCUUGGUUUGUGGGAGAUAUCAAUCGCAUCCAAGCAGAAGAUUUGCUUUGUGGGAAACCUGAUGGAGCAUUUUUAAUUCGAGAAAGUAGCAAGAAAGGCUGUUAUGCUUGUUCUGUGGUAGCUGAUGGUGAAGUUAAACACUGUGUGAUUUACAGCACUCCAAGAGGUUAUGGGUUUGCAGAGCCAUAUAACCUUUAUACUACCCUAAAAGAAUUAGUCCUUCAUUACCAGCAUACCUCUCUUGUCCAACACAAUGACUCCCUCAACGUCCGGCUUGCUUAUCCUGUCAACGCACAGAUGCCCUCCCUCUGUAGAUAAAUUCUAGGAGGGUGGAGUAUAGGUGAAGUGUUGGUUCUUGGAUUUCUUUUCUACAGUUUUUACUAAAACCCAGAGGGCAUUCUUUCUCCUUAAGACUGCUUGUUUUGCACAAGAAAUGAUUUGAUGAAUGUGAAUUGGAGACCUAGCAGCAACAAAAUAAUAGCUUUGGGGUUGGUGCCCUGGUGCUACCUGAAGAUCAGCUGUGUUUUUAUAUAAGGAGACACUCUCAUUUUCCCUAUAAGGAACAAGUUAUCUCUUUAAAGAUGCAUACAGAAAGAACUAAAAGCAAAACUUUUGCCAGGCACCAUCAGCGGAACUUCAACUUGGAUUUUGUUUUUCUGAGGUAUUAGUAAUGUCUUUCAGUCUUAAGCUCCAGGAAAAUGUAGGGCAAGUCUCUACUCCAGAAACUUCCCUGUUAAUUUUAGCAGCUUGGCUGCAAGUCAGACAAACUUACACAUGAGGGCUCAUCUUGAUGUAGCAUGGUAUUUGGUGAGAGGAGACCAAAGGAAUUAUGGGGAGAGUUUCAGGUUCUUAUUUAAAAGAAUAUCCUCAAGGAAAUAUUGCUUUAUAUUUUACCAACAUAGCAAAAUUUUGGUUUCAGUA